AAGCUGCACUUUACGUAGUUAAUUUUUUUUAUUUUACACCACCUCUUUGUCACAGACAUCCAUCUUUCAUUUCCUUCCAACUUAAUGGAUACCAAUAAACGCAGUCCUACACCUGAACACCAUCCACCUGAAGAUCCCGAAACCGCAGCUGCGCGCAAAGAAUUAAAACAAACUGUCAUUUCAGAACAUCAUCAUUCAUCAUCAACAAUGUCUACCGCAAAGGCAGACCCCGCGCCCAAGGCCGCUUCCAGCGGUGAUAAGGCAUCUACGAAAAAUCCUACCUCCGAUCGCGGCUCAGUUGAGCCUCAGAACGACGAUCUCAAAGAUCAGGUAUCAUCUCCUAAGAAGAAGCGAGCACGCGAUGAGCUCGACGAAUCUCGAGAAGCUCCCUCCGAUGCGAACGGCGACGUUUCCCCGAUCGGCGCCGAUGGUCGAAAUGAUGAAUCGGAACCUGAGAAGAAACGUCCUCGUGACUCAAGCCAGUCCAAGGCCAAAUCGGAUGCGCCUACUACUACAUCCGAAUCCAAGUUUUCCAAGUCGACGGACCCUAAGCCCGAUUCGAAGAGCGACAAGCAAACCUCCGAGAAGCAAGCAACGACCAUUAAGGAUAACGUUGCCGCUGAUAAGGAUAAGAAGGGUGCAACAUCUACAUCGGCAUUCAACAGUUCCGGGAUUGCGGGUUUCGCUACCCAGGCUUCGCCUUUCCUACAGGCAGGCACAAAACCUCUAUCAUCUUUUGCGAGUCCAUCGACCUCGAAGUCUCCUUUUGGUGCCCCGGCUGCUACCACAUCCUCUACCACUACGGUAUUCGGCGGCAGUAGUUUAUCCAACGGAGCUUCGCCUUUCGGCCAAGUAGGUGGAGCACCAAAACCUUUUGGAAGCGCCGUCUUUGGUGGUACCUUUGGCAGUAAAAUUGGCAGUCCCUCGCUCACAAGUUUUGGCAAACCCGGCGAGUCGUUUAAGAGCAACAAACCGGCUAAACCUUUCGGAGCACCAGCCAGUGAAGAGGAAGAUGAUGGCGAAGAGGGCAACUCUGACAAUGAGGAGAAGGCCGACAACGAAGAGGAAGAGGCCCAAGAAGAGAAGUCCGUCGCAGCUGACGACAAGAAGAAGCAAACGAAGCUCCAGCGCGUGGUUGUUGACGAUGGCGAGGCUGGUGAAGCUACCAUCCUCCAGGUCCGUGCGAAGAUCUAUCACCUUGACAAGGCUAGCAGCUCUUGGAAGGAACGAGGCGCUGGAAACCUGAAGAUCAACGUACCAGCAUCUUGCAUCGAUUUUGACGAGGACACGGGCGCACCUGUUCCUGGAAGCUUCGAUGUGUCUGCUCUCGAGGACGCCCAGUCAAAGGUAGUCCGCCUAGUCAUGCGACAGGAUUCAACUCACCGUGUAAUUCUCAACACGGUCAUCAUCCCGGCGAUGCAAUUCCAGGAGAAGUCGAUGGUUAAGGCAACCUGUGUGUUGUUCACAGCCAUUGAGGAUGACGGUGCCGUCAGCAUUCAGCUCAAGAUGAAUGAGGCGAAUGCGAAAAGUUUCAUCAACGAAGUCGGCAAGAUUCAGCGCGAACUCCAGUCGGUCUAGAAACCCCAAUCUGGAAUGCCCGCUGCUGAAAGCAAGAAA